GAUAGCAACGAAAGUCAACAACUCAGACAACUCAAAAUGAGCCGCUAUGACCAGUAACCUGUAAACUACUCCUACUCUCAUAGAUCGACAGCCAAAUUUACAAUUAGCAAAUUCAAGUCCGCCACACACGGUCAUGUCUAAACACGUGAAACCCCUCAUCCCAAACGGCCUGAUGGCCAUUCUGGCAGGCUUCAGUCGAGCAUACCUAAGGAAGAGGCCAACUGACUUUGGGCUAUUUGCCAUGUACUACUGUAUGGAACUGCGGAAAUACAGAGAUGAAAUACCAGCCUAUUCACCAAACAUGCUAGUGAAAGAAUUUCAUAAACAUAGAGCCGAGAGACUCUGUGGCAAUGCCUAUGAAGAGGAACUGCUGAAGUAUGGAUACAAAGUGACCUCCAAGGAGGAUGUGACUUUUAAUGCCCUGGAGAUCACCUCUCAGGACCUACAAAUACUAGGCAGUAGGGAGAGACGGAUCAACAGACAGUACUCAACCACCACUAGCCCAUGUGGAGAACAAGUGAACAAUAUUACAGCUCCAUCAGCCAUGGAGCAGCAGGUGAACCAAACCCUGGGGGCUGCAGCUAUGGAGCUAGGGGCACUGGUUGGCAACAUUGACCCCACAACAUCAACAAGCCCUGUUCAACCAACCAACAAUAAUGCCAACAACACCCAACACGUGGUACAGGCAUCCUCCCAGGCAGUAGCAGGUCUGGAAUCCACUGAGAACAAGACUGGUGAAGUUGCUCCACAAGUCAAACCUGGCUCAGCAGAGAUAUUGGCCAGCAGCAGCGAGGCCAGUAUUUCUGGACAUGCCUGUGCUCCCCAGCAUUACACACCCAUCAGCCAGGAGGGGGUGUGUGCUUGUGCCCCCAUGCCCACAGAGAUACCCUGCUACCCCAGAUUUCCUCAGAAUUACCCGCCAUACCCUCCACCACCACCCUACCUCCCAGGCCUUCAUCAUUAUUUGGACCUCAUGUCUGGCCAAUAUGUCCAGCCGUCCUGCAGAUGCCAGCUAUAUGGCAGAGUGGUAUAUCGUCCCCCCAGUCAGCCAGUGCUGCCCCAGUGUCACCAUGCCGCUCCACUGCCAUUGCCCCAGUGCACUCACCAGCACCUCAGCCCUUCUGCCAGCUGCAUUCAAGUGACUCCAACCAUGGGGCCCUCCUGCCCCUAUGGAGAACAGAGCCCUUUCUCACGGUACAUCCCUGUGCCUGUCCUCACCAAUCACUUUGGCUCCCUUUACUACAGACCCAGGAUUGCCACAGGUGUGCCUGGCUGCAGGAGCGAGUGCCUACCCACAUCCAGACGGCUCAGCUGCACUUCCUGCAACGUGAGUGACAGCUCUAGCUGUGGGCCAGAGCCCGCGGCCCAGGCCUCCUGUCAUGGAGGAUAUCGAGGACAGUGUGGGGGUGAUGCCAACCAUGGACCAGUCCCUGCCGGUGCACUAAGGUCCCUGUAUGCCCCUGUGCCGUGCCCCAUUGGACUGCAGAGAAGGGAUGCCCCGGCACAGCGACCAUGCAGCGCCCCAACUAGGAGGGUUGUUCCACUAACCACGCAGAACCAGAAUAGCCCUUUCCCAUCCGAAUAAGGAACAGAAUGCCCAGACAUGAACUGAACACAAAGCCCUGCAACUUUAUCAUCGAUUUUUAUAAUCAAUAAAGUAGUUUGCAGAUUCGUU